UUGCGCAUAGAGUAAGUUCGUGGUCGUGCAAGAGUCCACAUGAGCUUGUUUCCAGUUAUUGAUCCUGAUACGAUUAAACAACACUGCAUUGCUGUCAACUACGAAAACAAUUCUGAUCACGCAGCGUUUGUAAAAACGCGUCGAUAAGCGGUCACGGUAACGUGUGUAUCUAUAUUUAUCCAAAAUACUGCGAUAUCGAAAUGUGCUGUGCCCCUUCGACGUCAUCGUUGUUCUGUCAAAAUGUAGAAGAGCUCUUGCAAGACUCGAAAUAUCGAUGAGUGAUAUUUGCCAUUGAUACGCGAAGAUAUGUCAUUGAUGGUUCUCCGCGGAAGAAGAAACUCAUAGAUGAAACCUGUUACAAAUUCUUGUCAUUGAGAAAUUUGUAAUUACAUUGUUUUAUCGAAUUCUUUCCAAAUUUUGUAAUCUGAUUUGAAACUUCUGGAAGACUAGAAUUUUGUGUUGUUGCUGCACAUGUGAUCCUCUAGGUGUUAUCUUCGGUCCGUAAUGAAGAAGUUUACAAUUAAAGGUGUACUCGACGGGUUUCGGUCGUCGGUACCUCAACCCGUCAAACCUGACCAAGAAAUCGUCGAAAAUUUACGGCCGGAACACUUUCAAGUAAAAAAGACAUUUCGACAUGGUUUCCCACAUCAGCCGACAGCGGUAGCGUUCGAUCCAGUUCAAAGGCUUCUUGCUAUUGGCACUAAAUCGGGAUCCCUUAGGAUUCUGGGUCGACCAGGCGUUGACGCACACGUGAAACACGAGGGAUGCACGGCGGUGAUGCAAUUACAGUUUCUAAUUAAUGAAGGAGCACUGGUUUCUGCUACUGCGGACGACACCUUACAUCUAUGGAAUUUUCGACAAAAAAUACCACAAGUUGUGCAGAGCAUUAAAUUCCAAAGAGAAAGAAUAACGUGCAUUCAUCUACCACUGCAAAGUAAAUGGCUAUACGUUGGUACCGAACGAGGAAACAUUCAUAUACUCCAUAUCGAGACAUUCGUACUUUCUGGAUAUGUAAUUAAUUGGAACAAGGCUAUCGAAAUAUCUAGAAAGACCCAUCCUGGUGCUGUAGUACACUUGAGUGAUAAUCCUUUAGAUUUGAGCAAGAUGCUCAUAGGAUAUGAAUCGGGCCAGAUAGUGUUUUGGGAUUUAAAAACGAAGAACGCAGAUUACAGGUGCCAAUGUGACGUACCAUUGAGAUCAAUAUCGUGGCAUCACGAAGGCAAACAGUUUAUGUGCAGUCACACCGAUGGUUCCUUGUCAACAUGGACGGUGCGUCAAUUAAAACCAACAAAUGUUACGCAUCCUCACGCGAAAACAACUAAGGAUGGCGAACCAGAACCUUGCAAACCGAUUCAGAAGGUCGAAUGGAAGCUUUCUAGAUCGGGGGAAGCGUACGUAAUAUUUUCUGGUGGUUUAGCAUAUGACACAACUGGUCGAACUCCAAGCAUAACAGUGAUACACGGAAAAACCACCACUGUAUUAGAAAUGGAGCAUAAUGUGAUAGACUUCAUAACACUGUGUGAAAGUCCCUGGUCAAGUGAUUAUCAGGAUCCGUACGCUGUCGUGGUCCUCGUACAAAACGAUUUGGUUGUGAUAGAUUUAUUAACCCCCGGCUUUCCAUGCUUCGAAAAUCCAUAUCCAAUGGACAUACACGAGUCACCUGUGACGUGCUGUGCAUAUUUCGCUGAUUGUCCUUCGGAUUUAGUACCUGCCUUUUAUUCAGUUGGUUCCAAGUCUCAGAAGAAGACUGGAUUUAGUGAAAGGGAUUGGCCAAUAUCCGGCGGAGAAUGGAGUUCGAACUCCAGUAGUUACAAUGAAAUUAUUUUGACCGGACACGCUGAUGGCAGUAUAAAAUUUUGGGACGCAUCAGCAGGGACCUUGCAAGUCCUCUAUAAAUUAAAAACGGCGAAGCUUUUCGAAAAAGGUAAAACACGUAGUAUAGAUUCGGAAGAAGACCCUUUGGCGAUACAACUCAUCUUCCUGUGCCCCGAAAGUCGGAAGUUGGCAAUCGCGGGAAGUGGAAGACACGUCGUUCUAUUUAAGUUCAAAAAAGUUGAAAGUAUGUCCGAAGUAGUGACUUUGGAGGUGUCACUAACGGCAGAUCCAGCAAAAGAAGUGGAAAGUUCCUCAGAUCAUGAUUCACCAGCUGGCAAUACGGUUGGAAAUAACGAGCCAAAAAAUAACGAGUCGAGCCAAUCGCUUAAAGUUAAGACUGGUUUACAGAAGAGGGCUGCAGGUUUCCAAGCAACGUUGAUUUGCUUAACGACGGGUGGUGCCGGAGAACAACCUGAGAACAUAACAGCUUUGAGUUUGAAUUCUUCCUAUGGUUUAAUGGCUUACGGGAACGAGUCCGGUCUAGUUAUAGUAGAUAUCGUGCAGAAGAUUUCUUUGAUGGUGUUGAACACUGCAGACAUCGGCGGCAAUAUGGACCCGUGCCAACGCGUACUACGCAGUCCUAAACGACAGGAUGAAUUAAAACGAGAAUACGAGGAUAAAGCGAGGAGUCCUAGUACAGACCAGACUCAUCGAGACUCUACCGUGGAAUCUGAAGGCUUGUUAGCAAUGGUAGCGGACACUGCUCCACAUUCUCAGGCACAACAAUGUUCACUUCGAGGCGAGCAGCAAACCGGAAACAAUAACGAGAAAGGAAGCACAGAGGAAUCUGUGAAUGAAGUGAAUAAAGGCACAACGAACGAGGAGGAGUACGCGAAGAAUCACGGAUGGAAAGGAUUCAGCCUGAAAAGGCAGCUGAGCAAAGUUGAUUUGAAAAUAAAAAGUACUUUCACGCCAACUUUGGUCACGUCUCAGGAUGGGGUACUUGUAGGCAGCGAUUGUAGUGGUCAGAAAUCUUCCGUUUUUUACUGUAAUCUUAACGAAACCGCGAGUUCGUUAUCCCCGGUCGAGUCCGACCCCUCAUUAACAUCAGAAGACUCGAGCUAUGACCAUGAGAGCCCGAAUAACCAAGAAGCGAAGAGUCCGAUGAUCGAAGGAGACAAUACGAAACUACCUAAAUUCCAAAACGACAAAAUCCACCAAAAAGCAGAACUCGUACGCCCUGGUAAUCUAAUGUUAGCCGAGCACGAAUUGAAACCUCCGAGAUUGAAGAAAAUCGUGAAGAUGAAGCAAGCGAAAAGAGAGGGUCGCUUGUUGUCGGUGCCAAAUUUAAAGUUUCCAAAAAACGACCCGACGAUAUGUGACCUAAGGUGCGAGGAAAACGUCACCCCCGAAUCCUUCACCUGCAAUCUAAUAAGACGAUUCAGUCGGGUAGACAAAUACGACAGUUCGUUUCAACGGUCAAGGAGCUCCAGUAUGUCGUCGCUCGAGAACAUCACCACGGAAACCAUAAGCUGCCUUAUCUUCGCAGAUUCGUACACGAAAAAAAGUGAUACCGUUCCUGUGCCAACAUUGUGGAUCGGCACGUCACUGGGAUCUAUACAAACGGUGAUAUUUAAUACGCCAGCUCGAGGAGAACGACAUGCUCAUCCAGUUGUUGUUUCAACGUGCAAUGGAUCUACUUUCAAGCUGAAAGGAAGUAUCUUGUCCAUAUCCUUCCUGGAUUGUAACGGUGCUCUAAUUCCGUACUCGUACGAGUCCUGGAGAGAUGACAGUGCAGAAAGCAAGGAGCGCAACAAAAGCCAGGGUAAAUGUACAAACAGCCGUAUGUCGCCGUCGAUGAACGCACAAGUAAUUACAGGGGACGGUUUCGAGGAUCGUCAAUUCGGUGUAUUAGUAUCUGAAAAACAAGCAAGAGUUGUUGCUCUUCCAUCGCAAAAUUGUAUGUACAGACAACAACUGACUGAGACCCAUAUUGUGAUCAAAGCAGAAAUUACGACUUUGAAAGAUAAUGUUUGUCUGGUGUGCUACAUUUCUAAUGGACAUAUAGCAACGUACAGUUUACCAAGUUUGAGGUCGCUAAUAGACGUCGAUUUCCUACCUCUGAUAGAUUUGAGUUUUCAGACUACAAAACAUGGCAUUGUAGACCCCAUGUUGUCCAUAUGGGGUCAUCAACUCUUUGUUAAUGGCGAUACCGAGCAAAUUGCAAAGACACUUUGCUUCAGUAAUAGGGGCCACGGUCUUUAUCUCUCCUCUCCCACGGAAAUUCAAAAGUUUUCUGUGUCCAGUGAAUUCUGCGGAGAAUUAACUGAAAUGAUGGGAGAUCUAUUUAUUGGUCACGACAUGCCUGAACCACCGAAAGAAAGUUUCUUUAAAGGACUGUUUGGCGGUGGAUCGCGAAGUCUCGACCGAGAAGAACUAUUCGGCGAAUCGAGUGGUCGAGCGUCUCGUACAGUAGCGAAACAUAUACCAGGACCGAAUUCUGGAGCGGAAGGUCUUCGCGAACGCGUGACAACAGCCACAGGAGAAGUGAAUUUGGCCCAUCAGAUGGUCAUGGAGCGAGGCGAGAAGCUUUCUCAAUUGGAAGAACGAACGGCGCGUAUGAUGUCCGAAGCAGAAAGCUUCUCGCAAUCCGCUCAUGGAUUAAUGCUCAAGUACAAAGACAAGAAAUGGUAUCAGCUAUGAGAACAUCCUUGGAAAUCUAUCCAAAUCUACUGUAAUUUAGCGUUCACAUUUCACCCGUGAGUUCUAUCGUACUAACCGAAACCGGCGGAGAGUAAAACUAUAUCGCGAACUUUACACGCACACACAGGAAACAUGUUACACGAAAUAAAAAAAAAAUUAAAAAUAAAAAAGGAAAGAGUGAGAGCUAUGUUUGUUUGUGUAUGUAUGCGUUUUUGAAUAAAAGUAGGGGAGAGAAACUUUUACAAGCAGGUAAUACACACGCACAUCUUUGAACAAAAUGAAAAAAAAAUGGCAGAAAAACUUGUAGGCAAAAUUCGUAAAGUAUACACGUAUAUAAACACGAGUAAGAUUAAGUACGCGCGAUUUCUCAAACUGUAAUAACUUCUAUUAUAAACGGAUAACAGAAAAAAAACGACAAAUGCUGCAAUUGAAGUUCAAUGAAUUAUGUUAGCGGACAUAGUUGUGUAAGAUUUUAAGAAAGCAAAAGUUCUUAGGCAACGAUAGGAUCAUUCAAUUACAGUAUGAGUCAAUAUAUAAAAUUAUAUGUAAACAAUUUGCCUUUUUAUCGACGUUGCUCGUUAAUCCAUUCGGAAACGGUACAAUGUUUUGUCGUUGGAAAGCAGCAGGGAUGUUGUUCCGAAUGUAUUGACAAUAAAUGAGACGAUAGCACACCGAAUAAACGUCGAAUACACAGUAUAAUAUAUAAUUUAUCCACGAUAAGGGAGUUGUCGAGAUCUUUAUUAUCCCGUCGUCGAUGAACUGUAUAUUCGUUGUUAUUAACUGUAGUUAACGCUAGACAAUGCUAUGUAUAUAAAGGAACAAAUGCAGUAGGAAAUAUUAUACGUUGACAAAGAGCUGUUUGUAUAAUAUAACCUGUUGUAAGUUACGCUACUUCAGCGUGGACGAUGAAUUCGAUUGAAUUUAUGGUAUAUACUGUAAUUUUACCAAUUAUACGUAAAUUAGAUUAUAUAUGUAUAUAUAAAUUCAGUCGAAUUUAUCGUCACUCUGAAUCAUCGUACUGCUUCCAUAGCAAUAACUGUAUAGUUGAUGUUAAUGGUACUAAUUCACUUGAAUUAAACACUAUAUUAAUGAAAUGUCCUGCAGAGAUUUAGAUUGCAGAUCUCUUCGAGUUGAGUCAGAACAUCUCGAAUUAUAAGUUUCCUUGGACAAUAUAACGUAAAUAAUAUUUUAACCACCGUCACACCCCUUUUGUCCCGAGAUAAUAUAUUGUAUUAGAGGAACAAAAGAGAAAAGAAGUUCGAACUGUGGAUUUACGUUAUCGGUACACGUUUUUCGUGACAACUUUUAAUCGUUUUGGAUCGGGAAACCUCUUGAGAGAAAGAAAACACGAUGUAAAUGAUUUUAAGGUGAAACGGAGAAGCGUGUUACUAUUCAAUAAGAAAAAAAGGAGUAUAUAUAUAUACACAGUAUACAUAAUGUACAUAUAUGUGUAUCUUAUGUAUCUAUAUACAUUUAUAUGUAUGUACACAUAUAUGGACAAUAUAAUAAUAUUAUAGAAAUGUUCUUCGAACGAACAAGUUGUUUACCGCUCUAACAAUAGAAUAGUAGUUAAAUGUACGAUAGUUGCAGAGACAAAGAAACUAUGCAGAAAGAUACAUUAUUAUCUAAGUGUUUGAUAAUAUAACAUAUUCUAACACUUGUUGUAUAAAAAAGUACCUUUUAGGUGAUUCUAAAUUGUUUAUCAUAUCAUGGGUUGAGAUGUGUUUGAAAGUAAUUGAUUGUAAGAAACAAAAGAAAGGUAUCCGUUCUGUUCUGCUUCCCACGAAAGAAAAAAUAUACAAAUCAGAAGUUGUACUUUCAAUCGAAUUAUUUUCAUACACUGUACAAAUUUAUCAGAUGGUUAAUUGUUUCCAGUGAUCAAUUAUCGAGGUACAAAAGAAGAAGUUGUUGUCGCUUAUUUUGAGAAAAGGAGCUCUGCCGUAUGAGAAUGUCUGCUGUAAUUCAUUUUAUAAUCUCAUCCAUCGUUACGAUUAUUCGAAAAGUUGAAAAAAAAAGUAACAAACAGUUUUGCUGUCUCCUCCGUUGUCGAGUAUUAUUCAUUGUCUAUUCUGUCUAAUGCUAUUUUGACGCUGUGGCCUGAAUCUGUAAAUCUACUAUUGUACAUGAAAUUUUGUCCUUAGAUGCAGCGAAUCUAAUCUAAUACUCUCGAUUUAUACUAUUACUAAUCUAGUACAAUUCUUAUUUUUCAAGAGAUCUAAUACCACGUUAUUGUAAAACUACUGCCUCGAGGACAGAUGUAUCUUGGCUCCGAUUAAUAAAUGAGUUUCAACCAA